GAGAAAAAAAAAUUUUAAUAGUCUUCUUACGCCAUUCGACCUACGUAUGCGCAUCGAGUGACCUUCAGAAAGCGUUGCUGUUUUAUGUUUUAAACGUUAUAUCUGCGUCGUACUCGGAAAUAUUUUAAAUUAACAAAAUCAAUUACUCGUUCUCGUUCCCCUUUCAGGUAUAUGUAACAGGCUUGCUUUGAGAGUUUUGCGAUCAGCCCAUCAACUUGCGCACGGGUCCCGUUUAAAUGACAACUAUAAAGUAUUUCAACUUUGCUGUGCUUCUUGCACUUUUCACCGUUGCUAAUGCACUCAACAUUGAAGUUCUCCGCAAGGGCUUGAACACUACCGAAAAAGUUUGGUUGAAGAAGCGAAGCUAUAACAUAUCAAAUGAUCAGUGUAUAUACGCUUCAAAAAUGUUUUUGAACCAGACGGAUUACGAGUUCGAAGUACAUUACGAAAUGGGGGAUAAAAAAGUUCUGCACCAGCUCUUGGCUAAACUUGAAGGAGGAGAAGGGGAAGAAGAUCCGUGGAUGAUAGUCAGCAGUCUGGAAGGUGGAACUGGGCUGCAAUACACGCUAAAGUUUGCGAGCGACCAAGAGAAGUGCGGUGUUCUUACACAUAACUUCGGAGGCAAGGACCAAUGCGAAAUGUAUGUGUGGGACCAAACUAUCGAUGCAACAUUGACCGAAUGCGAAAACAAAUAUAAUGAAUUAUGUCAGGAGUCGCAUGCGGUCUAUUCAAGCGACUGCAAAACGAAGUCUGCCUAAAAUAAUUAACAACGUUGUCGUGUUAUAGCGCCAGUGUCAAUGUUAUCCACAUGCAGCAUAUCUGUUUUCAUUUCUACAUUUGAGACAUUACACGGGCAGUGUCCUAGAAUAGUUUCGUAGCUAUGCAAAACAGCAGAUUAAAUGUUUGUUCAUAUU